AUGCCGAAGGCCGGCGGCGGGGCGGCGGACGAGGAGGACUUCCGCGCCGAGGUGGAGGAGCGCCUCAUCAACGAGGAGUACAAGAUCUGGAAGAAGAACACGCCCUUCCUCUACGACCUCGUCAUCACCCACGCGCUUGAAUGGCCCUCCUCACCGUGCAGUGGCUCCCCGACCGCACCGAGCCGCCGGGAAGGACCAUUCCGUCCAGAAGAUGAUCCUCGGCACGCACACCUCCGACAACGAGCCCAACUACCUCAUGCUCGCGCAGGUCCAGCUGCCCUCGACGACGCCGAGGCCGACGCGCGCCACUAUGACGAUGACCACGCCGACAUCGGGGGUUCGGCGCCGCCUCUGGCAAGGUGGACUUUCUUCCCCACCCUUCCCAUAAACUCUCCUUUGCGUAUUACUCGAUCUCUGGCGUGA